UGUCCCGGCGCGAUAGAAGUGUGCAAGAUGGCUGUGGCUGUCCGUACCUUGCAGGAGCAAUUGGAAAAAGCCAAAGAGAGCCUGAAAAAUGUGGACGAAAAUAUCCGAAAAUUAACUGGCCGGGAUCCAAACGAUAACAGACCUGCACAGGCAAGGCGACUGACCAUUUCAGGUCCUAAUUUGGUUGGAGGUAGAGGACGUGGUGGCAUUUUGCUAAGGCGUGGACUCUCGGAUAGUGGAGGAGGACCCCCAGCCAAGCAGCGUGAUUUUGAAGGUGCACUCAGCAGGCUGGGUGGAGAACGUCGACAAAGGAGAGAGUCACGACCUGAAAGCGACGCUGAGGAAGAAGAUGACAAAAAGCCAGCGUUGCAGUCCUCCGUUGUUGCGACCUCCAAAGAACGUACACGCCGAGAUCUUAUACAGGACCAAACUAUGGAUGAGAAAGGAAAACAGAGGAACCGGCGUAUAUUUGGCCUGUUAAUGGGUACCCUUCAAAAGUUUAAACAAGAAUCAAAUGUCGCAGAUGAAAAGCAAAAAAGACGUUUGGAAAUAGAGCAGAAGCUUGAAGUGCAGGCGGAAGAAGAGAAGAAACAGGUGGAGAACGAGAGGCGAGAACUGUUUGAAGAAAGACGGGCCAAACAGACAGAACUGCGAUUACUUGAGCAGAAAGUUGAACUUGCGCACCUGCAAGAAGAGUGGAAUGAACACAAUUCAAAAAUUAUAAAAUAUAUAAGAACAAAAACUAAACCCCACCUGUUUUACAUACCUGGUAGAAUGUGUCCACAAACGCAAAAACUCUUGGAUGAUUCUCAGAAAAAAAUGAAUGCUAUAUUUGAAAGCAGACGUUCGGAAUUUGCAGAGCAGUUAAAUAAAAUGGAAGCUAGACCUAGGCGACAUUCUAUGAGAGACAAAGAUCAAGAGAAGAAGCAGGACGAAGACCAUGAAGAACAGGAAGAGGAUCAAGAAGAUGGUAAGGUAGCUCGGCAUGAGAAAGAGGUUGAGACAGGUGACCGGCCUAAUGACAUAGAAAUGGAGGACACCUUAGAGGAAGAGAAAGUAACCAGUUUUAGUGAAAGGGAGGUAGAACUGGUGCAGGAGAAUAGGGUUGUGGAAGAUAGUGAAGACUCUAAGCUCAUGGAAGAAAAGAUAGAGGAGGAGGGUAGAGUGGUAGUGGAAGAAAUCCAGAGCAUACAGAUGGAAGCAAAGGAAGUAGAACACGAAUGUGAAGCAAAGGAAGAAGACAGAAGUGAAAAUAAGGGUGAGGAUCAACAGGUAGAUGUCAGUCAUUUAGAUGUUUUAGAAAUAGCAGAUAUCGUAACUGACCUUAGGGAAGGAGAAAAUGAGGAAAAGGCAGAUGAUCAGGCAGAAAGUAAGCCAACUGCUGAUGAGCAAGAGGAACGUAAGGAGACUGAGCCAGAACCUGAAUCCCCAGAAAGAACAGAAAAGGUUCCAGGGCCCGUGCAUAAUUUCCAGCCACCAGCCCAUUAUGAGUCUCAAGCUCAGCUUGAGGCCAGCUUGAAUGCAGAUAAAGAGUGGGUGAUUGAAAAAGAGAUUGCAGCUCCUGAACGCUUGACUGAUUUCCAACCUGAGGAGGUCAAAACACAGAAUACUGAGAAAAAAGGGAAAAGGAGUAGAAGCAGGGGUAGGACCAGAAGUAAAAUAGGCAGGAGUAGAAGUGCAAGUAGCAGUUCCAGCUCUAGCAGCACUUCUAGCUCCAGCAGCAGUGGGAGCAGCUCCAGCAGCAGCAGUAGCCGGAGCAGUUCAAGUAGUAGUACUAGUAGCAGUAGUGGCAGUAGUAGCGGAGACAGCAGCAGUAGCAGUAGCAGCAGCAGCGAAAGUAGAAGUCGCAGUAGAGGGCGAGGGCAUGUAAGGGAGGAGAAACGCAGCAGGAGGAAUGUCGAGCACAAGAGAAGGGAUGCCUCUGGUGUAGAGAGGAGUCACAAGUCAUCAAAAGAGAGUGGUAGAGACUCCAAAGGAUCCAAGGACAAAAGUUCAAGGUCUGACAGGAAGAGGACCGUUUCAGAGGGUAGUCGGUCAGGCAAAAGACCCUCAAGAAGUGAAAGAGAACGUAAAUCAGACAGGAAAGACAAAAGGCGUUAACCCGUUUCCAGGUGUACACGCAGAUGUUUAAGGAGUGAUAAAUGCCCCCCUUCGUGGAGAGGUGCUGCCUUUACAAUUGCAUGAUACAAAUUGUUUUGGGAAGCACAUGGACUUUUAAUGUUUAACUUUUUUUUUUCUUUUUUGCAAAGUUUUUUUUUUUUGUAAUAGGUUGCUUUCAGACUGUUGUAAGAUCCAGCAAUUUGAAAUAAACAGAAAAGUAAAGGAUUUCUUUGCUUCCUUUCUUUGUUAGCCUGUCAAUUUUUUUAAAAAAUGUUGGUAUUUUUAGCCUGCUUAAAUGUAACCUUAAUCUUACAAAGUGAACCAUUUGAAUCCAUAAAAACAUUUUGAUAGGUGUCCAGCACUUUUAUUUAUUUCUAAACUCCUACUCUUGCUUCAUUCUGUGAGUUCUGACCAAUUCAAAGGUUGUGUGACUGGAACACCAUUCUGAUUUUGAAGCUGCUGCCAGGACUUGAUGUCGUGUUGCAGCUCUGGGCUAAUUCUCAGGGGGAUAUAUAUUCACCAAGAGACACAAUUUCUUCAAGUAAAGUGUACAAAUCAUUUAAUAACAUAGCUAGCAGAUGCUGUUUAAAUACAUGGUGAAGUAGUCGGAAAAUUUAUUUUCAACAUUGUAUGUUUUAUAAUUUUGUAAGACGGACUAUACCUGUUGCCUGUUCUUCAUGUGAAAAUAAAAAUGUUCUUUUUGAGUA